CCCUGGUCCUGGCAGUGAGCGUCGGUGGCGUGGUCGAGGCGGCUGGAUUGUUUGGCGUGGGCCGUCACUGUGUUCGUGUGUGCUCGGCGUUGACUGAACCUUGCGUGCCUUAAAAGGAAGCACGGCUGGUGUGGCUGCGGGGGGAGCAAUUAGCUUGUGCCGAGGGAACCUGACCGCCGUGGUUGGUGUGGCCGGCGGGGUGGUGCGGGCGCACCACGUUGGAUCUGGGCUCCGCCUGGCUGUGGGUACGCGCUCGGACCGGCGCGGCCGUGGGGUGCUGUGGGCCAAAGCGAGCAGCAGUCGCUUUCCUGGUGGUGGUGCUUUCACAGUUCAGUAUUUGGUGUGCUUCACAGGUGGUGUUUGAUUUGGUUUCUCCCUCCUUGGUUUCCUGUCGCCGUGGUCCACUACAGCCGCGAGCAUGUCGACGGUUGAAGGAGCCGGCCAGCGCGAGGAAGGGGAGUACGGAAGGGCGGCAAAGCGGCUGAAAACGGAUGAGGGAGAGACGGAGCCGGAGGAGAGGGAGGAAGGGGAAGAGGAGCUGGAGGAGGGGGAGGAUUCGGACUCCGGCUCGCUGCCCGGUAACGUAGAGUCAGCGGUGGACAACCGGGCCCGGUGGAGCGCCAGCCAAUACGGAGCAGGACGGAAGGAUAAUGGUGAGGAUUCCCAUCGUAUCUCUCCGAGCCCUGUGGUCCAUGUCAGGGGUCUGUGUGAGGCUGUGGUAGAAGCAGACCUGAUAGAUGCCUUGGAAAAGUUUGGACCCAUAUGUUAUGUAAUGAUGAUGCCAUUCAAGCGUCAGGCCCUGGUGGAGUUCUCUGCAGUAGAGAGUGCUGACCGCUGUGUGUCCUGUGGAGCCAAGGAGCCUGUAUACAUCGCAGGCCAACAGGCGUACUUUAAUUACUCAACAUCCAAGAGAAUCACCAGGCCGACCAAUGCUGACAACCCCAACAGUGGCAACAAAGUCCUCCUGCUGUCCAUACAAAACCCCCUCUACCCUAUAACCACGGAUGUACUGUACACAGUGUGUAACCCCAUUGGCAGUGUGCUGAGGAUUGUCAUCUUUAAACGAAAUGGAAUCCAGGCCAUGGUGGAGUUUGAGUCAGUUCAGUGUGCUCAGAAGGCCAAAGCUGCACUGAACGGAGCUGACAUCUAUGCUGGCUGCUGUACGCUCAAGAUUGAAUAUGCAAGGCCAACACGUCUGAAUGUGAUUAAGAAUGACAACGAGAGCUGGGACUACACUAAACCGUACCUUGUCAGGCGAGACCGUGGAAAGGGAAGGCAGAGACAGGCCAUUUUAGGCGAACAUCCGUCAUCCUACAGUGAUAACGGCUAUGGUCCACCCUGCCCCCUGCUGCCUCUGCCUGGCAACAGCAGGUACAAGCUCACCUCAGUGGAUGUUCCAGACAUGGUGUCAUACCCUCUGCCCCAGUCAUCCUCCUCAUACUCGGGCCAUGCCCCCAGCUCUGUUGCCAUGGUGAGCGGCCUCCAUUCUUCCAAGAUGAAUUGCACCCGCAUCUUCAACCUUUUCUGCCUCUACGGCAACAUUGAGAAGGUAAAGUUUAUGAAGAGUGUUCCUGGCACAGCGCUGGUUGAGAUGGGGGAUGAGUAUGCUGUGGACAGAGCUAUAACACACCUCAACAGCAUCAAGGUGUUUGGCAAGAGACUCAAUGUCUGUGUGUCUAAGCAGCAUGCAGUCAUCCCCAGUCAGGUGUUUGAAUUAGAGGACGGCAGCAGCAGCUAUAAGGACUUUGCCAUGACCAGGAACAAUCGCUUCAGCAGUGCCGGACAGGCCUCCAAAAACAUCAUCCAGCCUCCAUCUGCAGUGCUACACUACUACAACGUUCCUCCAUGCAUAUCACAGGACCAUUUACUGAGGCUGUGUACGGAGCAUGAUGUGCCUGGCUUCGUCAAAUUCAAGAUGUUUGAUGCCAAACCCUCGUCUAAGACCAUCUCUGGCUUGUUGGAGUUUGACAGUAAGACGGAGGCUGUGGAGGUCCUUACUGUUCUUAACCACUACCAGAUCAGGAUACCCAUUUUCCUCCCUGAGGGAUUGCCACCUUAUUGUGGUCAGGGGGUUUGUGUGCCUCAGUGACCCUAAGAGCUAUACCAGCAGGAGCUUAGUGUUCAGAUGGGUCCAACCCAUACACCCUGAAACUGUGUUUCUCCACCUCGUCUCAUCUAUAAAAGGUUGCAGAGCACAAGAAGAGGCUGCUGAGCCUGAUGAAGGCUGACCUCUGACCUGAGAGACGGAGAGGGACCAUGGCAGACAGACAUGUGGAGGAGACAUAUAUAAAAGAGGAAGAGAAUCAGAGAGAGAUGUGGCCUUUAAGGAGAUAAAGAUGGGAAGGAAAGCACUCAGGAGAGAGAGAAGACACUGUCACUUUCUCCAAACUGAACAUCAAACACACACCCAUCACCCCUCCCUCCAGACUAGUCUAAAAUACUCAAAUUAUAUGUUUAUAUUGUUAUAUGGGAUGUCUGGAGGACACUGCUCAUGUGUUUGUCCCAGAAGUCUUCACUGAAUGGUAAACUUGUCUUUGAGUGUAGACCUGGAAUGACUGACAGACAGACAGACACUCUGAGAAAUUUACUGUACAAACUGGAUGUCGUCAUCAUUUUUGCACAUGGUGACUUAAACCAUAUUUUAAAAGUGGAUGAAUACAGUGUGUUAUUUUGCAUUGCCAUUGAACAAGUUCUCAUUUAGGGUUUAUUAGUGCUACAUGAACAUUUUACCCUGGCAGCAGCGAAGCCGUAGGACAAAGGUGUCUCUCCCCACUGUUUGGCCGAGAGCGAGAUAGCUCAACCACCGAGCAGCUGUUAAGUUUGCUGUGGAUGUUCAUGGUCCCCAGAGGAAGACUCCAAAGGUUUUGGUGACCCUCUGACCUGACUUUACCUCUACCACCAGCAUGAGGUCAGAAUUCUCAGCCAACACUUCGACCUGACAUGGCAGGGCUGACUUGGGUUGGUUGGCACACAGAUAUUUUCUGGUCCUUUAAAAGUCACAGAAACAAAAAUGGAACAAAAAUGUUUGCUCUCUUCACCUGCACCCAUCUACUACGAUGAUACAUCUAAAAGUCACUAAUACACUGGUCUGUGGACUAAACAUAAUAUAAAACUGUGUUAGAUAUAGAUAUUGGAAAAGUGUUACUUUUGGUUAAUAGACAAAGGAAUCAGCUACUUAAGCAAUAUCACAUGAGAGGGAGUGAUGUUGUACUGUAUAUCGUCACGGCUGUGAUUCGGUCGAAGGCACGGGGCCGCAGGCCGAGUGCCGAAGACAGUUACAGCAGCCGAACAACAGUUCAACAGAGUAAGGAAAUGUUAACAAAAGGUGAUGAAAUCAAUUAUUUAAGUAUGUUAUGUAGCUCCGCAAAAAAAAACAGUUCCCCCAGUCUGUUGCCAGGCAACGCAGCACACAUGCCAGGAACUCACAAGCUACUUUGUAUUUACAUUGAUCUGCAGCUGUGUAACUCCGUCCAGUUCGGCUGAUGAAACGUUGGCAAACCUGGAUGUUGGCACGGCAGGAUUCAGCUUCCACUCUCCCUCAUCCUCAUCAGUACCUCAUCAGAUGAUCAUUGAUAAUUCAGUAUAUAUAGUGUAACGCUAUAGUGUCAGUUUGCGUCAAUGUAGCGAGUGUGACAGCUGGUUAAUUAACGGUUGUAUUUAUAUUUAUAACACCUGUGAGCAGAGUGAUUUUACUGUUACAAGUCCCAGUGAUGUUGUACUCUAUAUCAGCACUCACGGAAUGCCUCUCGUCCAAUCAAAUUACUCGGUCGGAACUAACUGUUGUAUAAAUUUUGAUAUAAGAAUUGAAAGUUUGUGAUGAGUGAUGGUAGCUGGCUAACACAAAGUUAGGUCAAAUGUGAGCAAGGUUUAUUAUUAGUAGUAUUAGUAGUAGUAGUAGUAGUAGUAGUAGUAGUAGUAGUAGUAGUAGUAGUAUUUUGAAUGGUCAAUGGCAAAAGUAAUUGACAAUUCUUGAUAAAUUACUGAUAAACUGCAAUAGAAACAGUCCGCUAGUUCAUAUAUUGGUAUUUUUUUGGUAUUUCAUAUUCCUAAAAUCUGUACAAUUUAAAAACUAAAAGGUUAUGAUAAAAGUAUUGAAAUUAUGGCAUAAUUUAAAAAAAAAAGAAAAAAGAAAAGAUACAACAGACAUUCCUUUUCACCAUCAUGUGGACCACUUGUACCAUAACAUAAUGUUUUGUUGUAACUAUAGCAUUUUAACAUUAUGCCAACUGAUCCCAUAACAUGUGCCCCCUUACUGGGCUGGUUAGCACAAACACACAAAAUUACUUUAAUCACAAAUUCCCUAAUGUUAGAAAACAUUAGUGGACAUUAAAUCAUAUAUAUUUACAACUGAGACCUUAACCUUUCAUUCGCUGCUGGUUAGAAUAUUCUUACCUAAAUUAUGCCAGAGAAAUAUGGAAGACAGUGAAAAGUGUGCCAACCAACCCCCAGUCUCCCCUGUCUGAAAAAUAUAGGCAGGCAUGAAUAUUCAUGUUUCCAAGAGGAUGAAUUCUUCAAAUAUUACUGCUAUUUCUUAAAGCCAUACUCUCAUCAUUCCCACCUUCACCAAAUGUUUAACCUGAACAUAAGAAAUAUCAAACUCUAAUAGGCAGAUUGUCAUGACAUUCACAGAGCACAUUAAUUCUCCUCAGAAGAUAACUUCUUUACAUUUUUGUUCUUCCCUUUAGCGCCACCUCAAGCCAGAAAAUCAACUUUGUAUACGAUAUUUCUGCUGAUUGUUAUGAAAGUUGCCUAUUCACAUUCAUAUUCCUGAGAUGACCCUUUUUUUAUUGCUUCUACGGCCUUUUCUCGAGCAACACCCUCAGGAGAAGUUUUACAUUUUCAGCCACACUUCUUGUGAAGCUCUAAGAAUAGUUAAGUUAUUACUGUGUUUUUUUUUAUUCUGUCUUGUAAGUUGUGGGGUGUCAUGAAAUGACAGCCUCAUGGGGCUGUGAGCAGGGUUUGAGGUUUCUAGUUGGAUGGCAGAGGCACUACAUGUUACUGGCAGCACCAAAGAGAGAGAUGUCAAGGCACACUUAUUGCACUGACCAGGUUGAGCUAAUAUGUAUAAACAAUGAGCAGUGUAGGUAGUCCAUGCACUGGCUAUGUAAACUACUAACAUUUAUCUCAACAUAAUGCUAUCUCACAAAAGUUUCAUCAGCCUCUAGAAAAAAACUUAUAUUAAUCUGAGUAUUUCAUUAUCACGUCUUCCAUUAUUGUCUAAAAUAAUGGAAUAAGGUUGUGAUUUUCUGUUUUUGCUGUGACCAGAACAUAUUUAGAAUGGACUUAAAUAGUGUCACUUUAAUAUUUUGCCAUAGGCUGAAAACUUGUGAUAGCUCUUUGUCACUCAGUAUUGUGUAUAUACAAUCUUAUAUUUUUUAUCUCUCGUAUGUGCUGCAGGAGUAUUUAACUCACGUGGUAUCAGUGUAAUAUUACAGUGACUGUUUGAAUUUGAUUUUGCCCAUGGGUCUGUGCAUUAUGUUUGUAUAUGUAUGCAUAUGUUAAGUUAAAAAUUGUCAGUAGAAUUACGCAUUUAUAACACAACAGGCCACAACAGAGUGACCACACCAAACACACUGAUGACAUAUGGUAUUACUGAGUGCAGUCAUCAACUGUGCCAGUUCACUGCAGUCAGAGCAGCAGCCUGAGGCUUGGUUUUAAAGGUGGAAGGCAAUUGAAUUUGUGGACUGGAGUAGAAUUGCAGCAGUGUCGGUGGCCCUGCACUUCCCAUUGUACAGUUUAGAUGCUGGAUUUUCAUUAAAUAGAAUGCAGAUAAAUGUUGGUGGGUUUAAGUUCUUAGGGUCUCAGUCAGCUGCUUCCUGUCACUUCCUCUUGUAUGUGCUCCUUUUGCAGCAUCAUUUGCUGUUCACAUGGAAAUGAAUCAUUUUCUGACUCCAUCCUGAGCCAUUUCACAAAUCAACAGGUGGCUUAUUGACAUAUUAGAGGUGCUGAAACUUCAAUGAUUACUGUUAAGAUCCCACUGGUGGACAUGUGUUUGUUUAAAACCUAAAGUGAAAGCACCAUGUCUUCAGGGCAAGUCAGGCAUCAGAAUCUGAGCAUGAGCUCAGCUUGAUUUCCUCCCUCAGUAUUGAUCCUAAUAUGUGCUGAGCCAAAAACCAUGUUAGAGAAGUAAUGGGCCUGAGACCAGAUUUUGCCUUUGCCUAAAUAUAGUCCAUAUAUAUAUGGAUGGUAUGAAUAUUUGAUCUAACUCAUCAACCUGUUAAUAUUAUGGGUGGGAAUCACCAGAGGCCCCACAAUACAAUAUUAUCACCAUACUUGAGCCACUAUACAAUUUUAUUGCGAUUUUAAACAUGUUGCUGAGUAUUGCAAUAACAUAUAUUGAAAUGCAUUGCAAAUUAUUACCUUUUACCUACCUUAACAUCUGUCUGAUCUAAUAAGAUAAAAAGUUUUCAGUAUGUCCAUCUCACUUCAGUCAUUUACACUGCAGCAAAAUGUAUCUAGUGGACUGAUGAAGCAACUCAUUCUUUUAUCUUAGUAGGCUACAAAGAGUUUAAUUUGUAUUUUCAAUAUUAUUAAUUUACAUUAUAAGAAAAUCAAUACUACUUGGCGUUGUGUGUCAAUGAGAUAUUUCCACGCAAACAUAUCGUAGUAUUAUGCUGUAUCAAUUUUCCCCCCACCCCUAGUUAAUAUUAAAGUCUGACUCAUAAAAAAUUAUGAUACCAGUACCACUACCGGUACUCUUAAAUUGAUACCGAUAGAGUACUUCAUUCGGUACCCAUGACAUCAAUGGAGUGGGGUGGAGUACUUCUGAUCGUUUUGGUGGCACCUCGGCACGCUGAACUGCCAACUCAGUCAAAUACACUGCAUUCGACUUCACCACACCACAGACUUGUAUGGGUUGUAACAUUAGCUGCUGCUGUGGGAGUGUGAGCUCCAUGCCAGGUACAGAGAGUCCACCUACACACACACAGUGACAGGGCUAAUUGUUAGUACCACACUGCUAACAUUACUUCACAGGCUUAACAACAGAGUCGAGCCGUUUCAAUGUCAGUGUGAGUCUGUUGGGACUGUUUAACAGCUCUGUAUUGGAUGUUAGCUACUGCUGCUGUGUUAGUUUGUGCUAACCAGGUAGACUUUGAACUUAAGAUUCGCAAGGGGACAGCUGCUUCAGAAACGGCUUACCGGGCCGAGCAGAGCAGCUCUGGAGACACAGCAACACAAAGUUUGCUUAAUCGGCAGCAGUGCUGGACUCGUUACUCUAAAAAUGUAAGAUAUUACUCAUUACGCGUUACUCUUUUCAAAAGUAAUAAGAUUUUACUUAUUACUCUGUGCCAACAGUAAUUUGCCACACUACUUGUAGCUGCAGCUACCCAUGAUUAAAAUCAAGUUUUGGUUGUUUAGCCAGUGUAGCGCUACUUGCUACUUUUAGUAAGACUACCUGCAGCAACAGUAUUCUUGUCAUCUUUCUUCCUGACAAAAUCAAAGUAAUGGGAAUAUUUACAGCCGCUAAGGUAAGCGUUUUCAACUAGCUUGCUGCUUUGUGACGUGCCUGUGCAGCCCGACGAUUACUAAAAUGAGUCCGCUGAUGUGAUGUUGUAUUUCAAGUCUGUAGUGAUGUGAUAACAAAAGUAACGUUGUAAGUUGUUUGGUUUGGGGUAACUGUAAUAUUAUUACUGAAAUUUUAUAGUAAUUAGUUACACUACUCAUUACUGAAAAAAAAGUAAUAUUAUUACUGUUAUGCAUUACCAGCAACAGGUCACUGCCCAACACUGUUCAGUGGGAAGUUGGCCCAGUGUGGGAUCAGAUCCCCGGCACAAAAAGGAUCCAAAGCAGGUAUCGUUUGACUGAACACGUUUCAGUACGACUUGGUGCCAGGUUAUUUCAGUCAAUACUUUAAAGCUGCCUCUUAUCAUUAUAUCCUUCAUGUGUAUUUCUUCUUUAUUCUCGAAACAUAGUGACAGGUCAAUCUAUAAACGUAAACCAAUGGAUAUACCAAUAUACUGAUAGGAUGAACAGAAAGGCUGGAUUUUCAAAUCUGGGAUGGCUUUAUUGGUUGGACUCAACACACUCACUAGUGCAACGUGAGGUCACCACUGAAGACAGGUUGUUUUCUACCAAGUUCAAGGGCCCAUUUUAAGGAAUCUUCUAAAGUUUGGGCCAUCGAUUCUGUCCGGAAUAAUUAGUAAUCAGCAUACCUGCUGGGAUUUGAGCACUGCUGUGCUUAUCAUUACAUUUGAGUCCACGGUGCAACUUAACACAAGACAGGUUUUAGUCCGGUGGUAAUGCAAGGGUAAUGCACCAUCUAUUACACAUUAUGCACUGCUUUUUACAAUCAAGUGCACAACUACUGUAAGACCAGUACACGUAUGUCAAAGUAGAGCCAAGCAGCUCUCCAGUUUGGCUGUGAUUUUAAUGCACACCUUCCUUAAGAAUAGACAGUCUGUAUCAAUUCUUUGUUGUACCUUUAAAAUACUUUGUCCAGAAAAAGCUUAUGCUCAUUUCAAUAUCAAAUAUAUACCUAUUUGCACUACGCAUGUAAAAUAACUAGAAUUACAUAAUGUUAAAGGACCUUUUGCUUUGUCAUAUUAAACUUUUUUUCUUGCAUGCCUUAUUUUAUAAUCUGAUGCUCAUACAAGAUUAUUUUUGGUGGAUUUUGCAUAAAAUAUGUGAAUAGAUAGGCCACCUAAAAUCAGAGCAGAUGUUUGGGCACAGUAACAAAAAGCACAUUGGCUCCAGUCCAUCCUGUUUUUCAUGUUGAACAUGCAGAUUUUAUCGCUCCAAGCCUUUCUUUAAGUACGCAGAGAUCCAUCACACUUGUGAAUAAGGCAUGCUUUUUGUACAUAAUAUGUAAUUAAUGAAAAGGUGUGAAAAGUUUUUGACAAAUCAGUCUCACUUAGUUAAAUUAUUGAUCAUUUUGGUGUUGUUUGUAUGUCUCGCAGAAAUUGAAUCUUACUGUAUUUCUAAGAAGGUUUUAUUUCUUCCUUUUUAAGUUUUUGAAGCACUUAAUGAGAGAUUGAUAAAUGACGGCUGUUGUUACUCUGAAGCUGAUUGAGUUUUUCAUCGCAGGACUGACAGUAUGAGACAAAUCCACAGGUUUCUCAUCAUUUUGAGGCUGUAAAAGCUUAUUGUUGUUAGUAGUCUAUAAUUCACAAACAAUAGUGUUCCAUUCAUUUAAGAAUCUCUGUGGGUGUAACUUAUAUGUACAUGUUGAAAUUGAAUAAAUUAAGGUUUGGAGCUGUAAGGUCAGCUACACACAG